AUGUCUUCUGUCCACACCGUCAUGUCUGGCUCCUUCUCUUUUGACACCAUUCUUCCUCCUAAGCUCGACAUCAACGUGGGAGCAAAGUCGCACUUCUUCCAGCCUCCCAAGACACCCUCGGCGUCAAGCUCACUUCACAGAUCCACAGCUUCACUUCCCGCUCAAGAUGUCAUCAACAAAACUGCGAGCCGGGAACGAUCACGGCAUGUUUCACACUCAUCAGAUCAACUCACACCAUUUAAAACCCUGUCAAAUGCAUCGCCAAGUAUGCUUUCUUUCACACCGUCCGGCUUGGAGUCUCCAAGUUCCUUGAGCCCUGUGCCCUUUGUCAAUACGCAAUACAGGCUAGCCGGCGGUCUUGAUACGCCAACAGCACGCCUGACCAUGGACGAAGAAGGAGGAGAAUGUCGGGCGUCACCCGGUUUACACUUGCGGGGAUUCAGAGACUCCCAGUCAGUUCCAGACAGCUACUUUCCUCAGUCUGAUUCUGCGCUAUCAAGAGAAAGCAACGGACGUCCAAGGCAGCACGCCUCCCCACGAAUCCAAGAUGGUUUUGGCAAAGCAGUCUACGGCAUAGCUUCAGUGGCGGGCAAGCUGUGGGAUUUUUGUAGGACAACCGCAUUCAAAGGCUUUUAUUCUGGAGGCGGUCAGGGAUAUGAGAUGAAGCCACCACUGGGAUAUAUGAACUGCGAUAAGAACAUGUGGCAAGAAGUUGACUGCGACGACGUAUUUCAGUCGAAUCUAUGCGAGAAGAGCUUGGUACCUGGCUGCUUCCCUGAGGAAGACUUCAUCGCAGAUUACAUGUCCCAAAUUCAUCACACAACGCCGCCUCGCGCAGCAAAGAAGGUACAGCGAGAGAAGGGAAUCGGUGGGGAGAUAAGUGCCAGCUGGGUGCUUGUGGGCAGUACGUCUACCUCGCGCGAGACGAGUCCUUCACGGCUAUCUAGUCGGAAAAAUUCCCCCUCGAACACAUCGGCGCGAAGACCAAUACCUAAGCUUGGCAGAAGACCAAUUCUACCAGCUUCAAGACCAUCAUUGACAUCGUACGCUGGCUCGCCUGGCUUGCAAUCCGAUCGAUCCGCAUCUUUUGCGUCGCCAAGAUCUCCAAUCACGUCGCUGAAGCGCGAGAGUCCACAAAAUGCAGAGGUACACCGGCAGGCGGCGAGAAUACGGAAACGGGAAUUGGAAGAAGAUGCGAAUCUAAAGCGAUUCAACCAGCAGCUGAAAGCUAUGAUCAAAGAAGGGAAGGAGGCUUUGGGAACCAAAUUCGAGGUCUUGGAGCCGGUAGACGAGAAUUCUGCCUAUGUUUACGGCUGUAGGAAACGCUGA